CUAUAAAUACUCAGCGAAUGUGUUGUCACAGUUUCGACCGACAUCGACAGUGCCACUCCACUAUUAAUGUUUCAAAGAAACCCUGAAUCCUGAAUCAGUUUCUUUCCCGACAGAAUCAUAUAAUACAUUCACCGUCUGGAUCUAAAAAGAUUCGCGCUAAAGGGAAAAUCCACGUUUUUUUAAAAUAACGGUCUAUAUUUAAGUGCCAGUAUCUAACUCAACUCUUCAUUAAACAGUGUCAGUGCUUUCUAACAUAAUAGUGUGUUUGUUUUAGCAGCGUUCAAAAGGGUAUGAUUUAAAUCGUUAUGGGUAGCUUGUUAAAACAAUUACAAACUGGAAACAUACACAAAAUCCGGGAAUUUGAACUAGAAAAGGUAAAUCUUGCUGAUGAAUUCGACAUCUUGCAAAUUGUAGGGGAAGGUUGGUUUGGCAAGAUUCUUCUGGUGGAACAUAAAGCAACUGACACAGAAAUGGUACUUAAAGCGCUUCCUAAGCCAUACACGGCCAUUAAGGACUUUUAUAGAGAAUUUCAUUAUGGACUUCACUUGGGAGUCCACAAGAACAUUAUCACAGCAUAUGAUGUGGCAUUUGAAACGGCUGGAUUUUAUGUUUUUUCUCAAGAAUAUGCUCCAUUAGGUGAUUUGACGUCAAAUGUCUCUGAAAUCGGUAUAGGAGAACUACACACGAAAAGAGUAGCAAAACAGUUAGCAGCUGCCUUGGAACAUAUGCAUGCACGAGAUCUUGUUCAUCGUGACGUCAAAUUAGACAACAUUUUAGUAUUCAAAUCAGAUUUUUCUAGAAUCAAACUGUGUGAUUUUGGCGAAACUCGACUAUCGGGAACUGUAGUACUUCGAAGAAACGAAUGGUUGCCCUACGCUGCGCCGGAGGUCCUUUUGGUACCUACAGAUGGUACCUACACAGCAAAGACUUCCCACGACGUGUGGCAGUUCGGCAUAGUCAUAUUUGUCUGUCUCACUGGCUGUUUGCCAUGGCAAAAGGCUGCUAUGGAUGAUCCCCGAUAUGUCCGUUAUCUUUCCUGGCAGAACUCCAAUAUACCUUUGAAGAGACAACCUAAAAUGUUUAAAUUGGUUUCGUCCAAAGCCCAAAGACUGUUUAAAAAGUACUUGGAACCAAGGGCAGAGAAAAGACCAGCAGGUCUAGCGGAAGUACAUAGAUUUUUGGAAGAUAGAUGGAUGUCAAAAGGUAUGGAGAAGACCAAUGAGGCGUUAAAGGAAGACGAUGGCCUCUGCCCUUCAAUGUACAGCUUCCACAGCAGCCCUGAAGAAAAACACAGACUGCUCUUCUCUCUCACUCAAUACGGCCUAGAAACAACAGUGGACAGAGUAGCGAAGAAAAACAGAAUCAGAGAGUGGAUCCAAAACAGCGUAAUUGAAGAAGACGAAGAACCAAUAGAAGAAUUAGACGAAGAAGACAUCAAAAUACGAGACAAUCAAAACGGACCGCUUGGAGAAAGAGGUUCCAUGACUGAAAGAAAGAUAAAAGAUAUCAAAAAGCACCACAAGAGACACCAUCGACACCACAAGCCUAAAGAAGAAACGCCUUACAAACCACCAGUAGAUCCUAGAAUUCCUUUAGAACACCAGAAGGUAUCUAGGGUUUUAGAAGAUGCUCAAGACGUGGAACGAAGAAGUCUGGCUCAGUCUAAGAGCUUGAGGGAGGUCAGAGUUCCGAAUUCUUUGACUUCUUCUGAAAGUGCUUUCAGUAGUGAAUCUAGUUUAACUGUUAGACACAAAAUCAAUGUACAAAUUCCCCAAACCUGACAUGACUUUGGGUAAUACUAUGUCCUAGGUCUAUCUGAAAUAUUGAAAUGUACCUGAGUACAACAAUAUCAUCCACUUGGUUAAUUUAUGAACUGAAAUGGUUUCGUACCGAAGAAUGUAGAUUUGUUAUUGAAGGUUUAGAUCAAUAUGAUCUUUAGUAUUUCUCAUUCCUUAUUAUUUUAGUGACUAUAGUCAUUCUUAAUCGUUUCACGUGCGUGCCUCCUUACGUUUUUACUGGUCAAGUAAAAUAUCAAUCGAGUUUCCUUUCUGAAUGUACUUCCUUAUUUUCGUACAUUUUAUCUGGAUCAUUCAAAUCCAUCAAAAGAACCUUACUUUCUGAAGCAAUUCGAAAACGACCUUGUUAGAGAUUUAGGGCUUUCAAAAUCUAAGACUUAAUUACUUGGAUCAAGAUUAAAAUAGUGAAAUUUGUUAGAAAAGAAUACGGGAAUCACUGGCGAAGCGUCCAUGUAACCACUGUUAUUUGUAAAUCUCUCCCCACUCAUGUUCCUUCGUUGUGGCAUUGAGCUCCGUAGACGGGGCGUUUAGGAUUGCAAAUCUCCUCGUCUUGUACGACCCUCGUCCCUUGCGAUCGGUAGCGCACGAGAAAGUUUAAGUGAGACGCACGUUUUCAGUCAUGGAACUAAGUUUAUUUUAUUCGUUUCCUUCGUUUUUUAUUGAUUUUUGAUCGAUGAAUGUUAUGUUCGUUGAUUUUAUAAUGUUCCGUUGGUGUAUGUUGACGGAAACAAUUAUUUGAAAUAAUAAAAAUAAGUGUGACAAACGAACAGUAAAAUAUUUUUUCUACGAGCGUGCAAAAAUGUCUACUUUCGCGCACGCAUUUUAGUUUAGAAAGUUUUACUUUUCCGCACGCGUGUUACUUUUCCGCACGCGGUUUACUUUUCCGCACGCGGUUUUUACUUUUCCGCACGCGCAUCCACCGUCAUGGAAACCAAGAUCGUCGUCAUGCUAACUAAUUAUAUUGAAAGUUUGGUUUUGACAACAUUGUCAAAGAAUUAAGUCAACUUUUUAACAAUUUUAUUAUUAUCAAAUACAAAAUUUGUAAUUUUAAUUAUAUCUAUUUAUUAUUUACAAUGUUUAUAUUGAACGUACAACUGAAUUCUACGCUUUUUUCUUCAAAUAUGCUGUUAACUUAAAAUAAUCGCCUAUAUUGACAUUUUUUUCAAUUUUUAAUACUGACUUGAGCAUGGAAUAGCGGGACCACAACGUAUUUGGUUUGCAGAUUUUGGAUAGACUAAUAAAAUAAGCCAAAAACACUUCUUCUUUUAAGCUAUUUACACUUUUUUCUUUACACCAACUCAUAAAAAUAUUGUAUUCUUUCUUGUACCUGUUUGCUGAUUUUUCCGGUAACAAAUUAAGAUAAUUGACAACGUCGAGGAUAGAUGGAGGUAGUUCUUCGUCACUUGAUGCCAUCUAAAUCAAUUAAAACCUGUACAUAACAGGUAUUUAGGCACCGCAUUGAAUUUAAUUCGGUGUUAUUAGAUCGUCGUCAUGCUAACCAAUUAUAUAGAAAGUUUGGUUUUGACAACUUUGUCAAAGAUUUAAUUUGUGUAUGUAUUUUUAUAUUAAUUCAAUUAAUUUGGUCAUUUUUAAAUGCUCGUAGAAAAAAUAUUGUUCCUAACUCUUGCAGAAAGCCUCUUUUCCGCACUCGACUGCUUGCUGAACUCCGCUUCGCUUCGUUCGACAAACUGAAAUCGCGUGCGGAAAAGUAUGACUUUCUGCACUUGUUAGGAAAACAACUAUAUUUAUUUUGAUAACAAAAAAAGGUGUUUGCUUAGAUCUCGGAAGAGGGUCGAUUGUUAGCGAGCCGAGGGUUUGUCUGCAUUGUUCGCAUGCUGUGAAGAGACUGGCUAAAACUACAACACUAUUAUAUCGAUGUAUGCCUUUCUACACUAUGGCCCGAAGAGGGCAAUAAAUUAUUUAGAUCUGGCGUUUAAAAACAGAAACACUUCUACAGUUUUAAGAAACCUUUUGAACGCAUGUCCUUUGUGAGUUGUUGACACAUAUGGUCUGAUAUGGUAAUUAAUUUAUGGGGAAUUCAUUUUGUUAAACUAAACACACCAAAAACCAUAUGGUUAGGGAUGCAUUUCGUUUCGUAAAACCGUGUCUUUCUUAGCAUCUGGUUUGUAUAUUAACUGUGACUUUUGUAUGACCCAUAUUAUUUCGUUUUGAGAAAAAUUAUUAAAAUUAAAAUUAGCAAAAAUAGUAAUUAAAGCGUAUCGCUAUAAUUGUAGCAUGUAGAAAUAUAGUAGCUUUGUAGAAAUAUAUUGUUUGUAAUACCUAUAAAAUUCUGAAAACAUUGAACUUCUGUUUCUAGGUGUUUAUUAUAAAAUUCGUUAAGGAAGUAGAAAAAUGCCCUCAAUUGUAUAAUGCUGAUUGUAUACAAAUUAAAAGUACUAAAAAUGAAACAAUACCGUAUUUUUCACAGAUCUAAAUAGUCGUUUUGGUUGAUAUAGUCCUGUCGCCAGGGGGGGUACAACGGCCUCCUGUAUUCAGAUGGACUUACCCAAGUUUUUUUUAUGUAUUUUGACCCGUAGAACACGAAUUUUUUGGGUAACAGUUGAUCCGGAUGUCGAUAAGAUUGUUAUAAACAAAGAAGUUGAGGAAUUACAUAACAGCGAUUUCUCGCAAGACAAAACAUGUUUUUGUAUUUUUUGGGCCAUUCUAACCAAAAAGUGUUCCUACAAAUUUUUUCGUAGGAUGCAUAGUUUUCGAGAUAAACGCGGUGGAACUUUCAAAAAAUCGAAAAAUUGCAAUUUUUGUACCCGAAUAACUUUUGAUUAAAAAAUAAAAUAGCAAUUCUGCUUACCGCAUUUGAAAGUUCAAGUCAAAGUAUAUCGGUUUUAGUUAUUUGCAUUGCUAAAAAUUUAUUAUUUUAUUGUUAAACAAAAGUAUAAACACCUAGUGCUGGAGUGAUGUUUUCAAUGAUUUCUCAUUUAAAAUCGAACGAGUAGGUAGAGUAGGUACAAGUGGAAGCGAGGCUAUUUCUACGUAGCAUGCAUGUAAACGCAUGUAUUAGGCACGGGAAACACUAUGUGUUUAUAGCUUUUUUUAGAAAUAAACACAUACAUUUUUAGCAAUGUAUAUAUUCGAAACCGAUAGAAUUUGACUUGAACUUUCAAACGCGGUAAGCAGAAUUGCUAUUUUAUUUUUUAAUCAAAAGUUAUUCGGGUUCAAAAAUUGCAAUUUUUCGAUUUUUUGAAAUUUCAACCGCGUUUAUCUCGAAAACUAUGCAUCCUACGAAAAAACUUGUAGGAACAUUUUUUGGUUAGAAUGGCCCAAAAAAUACAAAAACAUAUUUUGUUUUGCGAGAAAUCGCUGUUAUGUAAUUCCUCAACUUCUUUGUUUAUAACAAUCUUAUCGACAUCCGGAUCAACUGUUACCCAAAAAAUUCGUGUUCUACGGGCCAAAAUACACAAUAAAAACUUGGGUAAGUCCAUCUGAAUACAGGAGGCCGUUGUACCCCCCUUGGCGACAGGACUAAUAUAUAAAAAAUGCGUUCUUCUUGGUUGGAAGAUGUGAGCAAACUGAAUCGACUAGUGUGCGGAGAGCAAUUGCAUGUGCCGCAGGGUUCGUACAAGACGACCACGACGCGCAAACUUCGAGACGUGUCUUCGAUCGACCCAUGUGCGGACGGCCAUAUCAUUUUUCUUUAAACUGACAUACAACACACACAAACUAAAUCAGAUAGAUUUUUCACUAUUUCAGUCAUUAUAGAUGUUCUCAGUACUUAUUUCUUUUGUGAUUAAUCUUUUUCCCGCAUUUUAGUGACGCAGAUUCUAAAGAGUCAUAGAUCUAUUUCCAAUCAAUUUGGUUGUCUUCUCUUUGCAAGCUAAUGUUCUCUCUUACUUCACUUUUAAGAUUUAUCCAUCUAUAGGAGUUAACUAAGUAAUUCUUGCUUUGUUCGGUUAGUUUUACUAAGCAUUCCUAUUCCAUUCCAUUCUCAUAUGCUUAUGACAAAAAAUUUAAAGUGAGCACGUUGUUGGUCAUUAUUAUUAUCUGUAGUAACGUCGUUUCUUUUAUGUUGCUUUUAUUCUAGACAGUACAAAGACCAAAUCCUAGUUUCAUAAAUUAAACAAAGAUUAUUACGAAGAAUAUAACAGAGAUUUUUAGAAUAUUACAAUCAACUGAUAACGGUAUUCUAUUACAGAAACCGUCUUAUAUUUUGAGUCAUAGGAUCAAUACAUUAAAGUUCACACCAAACCGUUUUUUCAGUGCAUUAUAGUUUGUCGAAUUCUCUCUAUCGUGAUUGUUGAUAUUGAUAGAACUCAGAAAAUUAUGUAUUCGUUGACGGAUGGUUGCAUACUUUCACAAUGUCAAGGGGUAAAAUUACAAUUAGGGAUUCCAAUGAACUGUCAGUGGUGGCCGGUGGAUGGCUAAACUGACAUGGCCAUAGACAUAGUUAAGGGGGGUGGUCAUGGCGUAUCUAAUGUUUACCUUGAAUAUUGACAAAUUUGUAAAGAAUAUCCUGUUUGGUUUUGUUUUUUUGUUAAUUGUGUAGCGAAAUUUGUGAAAUUGUGAUAGCAAAUUAAAUAUGAAGUGGUUUAAACAUUGGAUACGCCUAUGGAUGACAGUUUCGCCAUCCAGCAGCCAUAUUAUAUCACGUGAUUUGGAAUGCCUAAUUAUUGUCGUUCUAGGCAUGAUACUAUAAAUAACAGGUUAAUAUAUUUCAACAUUUUAUCGUUGACGCACUGAAAGAAGGGUGUGGUAUAAACUUUACACUACAGGGUGAUUGAUUAGUGGGGUAAGGCUCAAUAGAUCCGCUAUAGUAAUAGAUAGCAAUAAAAGUUAAUAACAAAAAUUUUAGCCACCUUUGAUCUUCACAUUACAAAAUUAGUUAGAAUGUUACAGGGUGUUCGAUAACACAGUGGCAGACCAAACUUAUGUUUUUUAAAUGGAACACCCUAUAUUUUAUUUUAAAUUCGAAAUCCUGUUAACUUCUCCAUCACAAAAAUAUAAAGGUUUGUUAUGUUAUACAGGGUAUUUACAAAGUUAUAACCAAUUUUAUAUGAAAAUCGUAACAAGUUCAACUCCCUGUAUAAAUAAAAAUAAGCAAAAAGGCAAAAUUUUCAAGAAUGAUUGAUAUUGCUAAUGUGCUUUAUAUCAAAUACAGGGUGAGUCAAAACGCAAGUACAUUAUUUUCUCAGUAAUGUUAAAUGGAACACCCUGUAUUUUAUAUCAUUAUUGAAAAGUAACAUUACCGUACUUUAAUUUUUAGAUAACAUUCCCUACGUCUAAAUUUAUUAGUUUUCGAGAUAUUUUUAUUUUUCAAUGGACCAAUAGCGUGGCCACCCAAAUCACCAGAAUUUAAUAAACUGGACUGAUUUUUUUGGGGUUACAUUAAUAAUGAAGUUUAUAAAAUACCUCCAACAUCAAGGGAUGAGAUGAAAAAUAGAAUACAAAGUGUAUUUCGAUGUGUUAAUUUACAAAUGCUUCGUAGAGUAAGUAGUUCAUCCAAUAAUCGUUUUUAGGCGUGCAUAAAUGUGUUAAGAGGUAAUUUUGAACACCUUAUGCAAUUAAAUAUUAAAAAUAUUUUAUUAAAAGUAACUUCUAAUUUUUUCAAACAUGCUUUUUUGCAAAAUGUAUUACUGAUAAAUUAUUUUUCGUUCUUUCUUUUUUUGUAAAAUGUAUUAGGUACUAAUAAAUUAUUUUUAUUUCUUUAUUUGCUACAUUGUUACAUUGAUUACCGGAUUGAUAAUCAGUAAUCGUCAAUUGUCAAUUCAGUCAUGGCUUACUUAAAAUUUACAUACAUUUAGACACCUAAAAUAAUUUGCUCUGAAAAAUGAAAAUAUCUCGAAAACUAAUAAAUUUGGACAUAGGGAAUGUUGUGUACAAAUUAAAGUACGGUAAUGUUACCUACUUUUCAAUAGUGAUAUAAAAUACAGGGUAUCCCAUUUAAAUUUUACUGAGAAAAUAAUGUACUUGCGUUUUGACUCACCCUGUAUUUGUUACAAAGAAAAUUAGCAAUGUCAAUCAUUCUUAAAAAUUUUGACAAUAAAUAAAAAAAUAUGGCAUUAAUAAACCAUUGCUGUUGUGCUUAUUUUUAUUUAUACAGGGAGUUGAACUUGUUACGAUUUUCAUACAAAAUGGGUUAUAACUUUGUAGAUACCCCGUAUAACAUAACAAACUUUUAUAUUUUUGUGAUGGAGAAGUUUACAUGAUUUCGAUUUUAAAAUAAAAUAGUGUUGCAUUUAAAAAAACAUAAGUUUGGUCUGCCACUGUGUUAUCGAACACCCUGUAACAUUCUAACUAAUUUCAUAAUGUAAAGCUGAAAGUUGGCUACAAUUUUUGUUAUUAACUUUUAUUGCUAUCUAUUACUAUAGCGGAUCUAUUAAGCUUUACCCCACUAAUCAAUCACCCUGUAUAUUUCUAAAAAUUUGUAGGUGUUUAAAAGGAUCUAAAAAUGUCCAAUAGUUUUGAUUGAUAAAAGAUUGUAGGACUGUGGUCAGAAAAUAAAACAGAACUUUAAGGUUAGCUUUUGCAGUGACUAACUGCAAACAGUUUGAAAAGUUUCAAACUCUAAAUAUUUAAUAAAAACUUCUAGUUUUUUCAGUCUUUGUAAAAGUAUAAAUUAGAGGACAAAGGUACAAAGUCCACAGUUCAUAAAUUAUCUGCAAAACAGUAGAAGCUCCUGCAAAAACAAACCUUAUAAAAAUAUUAUCUUUAGAUAACAUCGGGACCAGUAGCUUGUGUAGAUUUAUGAUGGUUAGACCAGUAAACUAUGAGCCAGGGAUAAACAGAGCUGCGCGAAAUAAGGGCCACGUAGGGCUAUUGUUAAGUUUCUACCAUGAAUGUGCUAUGUAUUCACAUAGGCGUAUAUAUUAACAUAGACUGAGCACUGAGCAGUCUCUAGAUCUAAAUGACAACAUCUUUUUGAAUUGAAUACUCGUGUUUUUCCACGGGCCCGAAAUCCUAUUCAGCGUCAUUCGAAGAAUCGAGACGCCUGCAGUAACCUUGCUGUAUACAGUAAUAUCUGAUACAUAUACACUUAUUUUAACUUUCUAUUCUUUGACUAGUUUCAGGGUGAUUUCAGUCCAUUGGAAGUUGAUUUGUUCAGUUUCUCAAAAAAAUAUAGUUCGACACAUGUUUUAUGGUAUGAUUUAUUCAGUUUUUUUUUUUAAAUAUAGUACGAAGCAUGGUUUUAUGGUAAGCUAUAGUAACUAACUAUAGUAAAAACCGGUUUCAAUCCUUUGGGGUUGAUUUAUUCAGUUUUUCCAAAAAGUAUAGUGUGACACAUGUUUUUAUUCCGAAUUUUCUAUUUUUGACUGGCUUCGGGGUGGUUUCAACCCAAUAGGGUUGAUUUAUAUCAACCAUGCAUACAACACAUUUUGAGUUGUAUGCCUCUUCUAUAUUUAGAUGCAUGAAUCAAGCAUCCAUGUGCUACGCUCUCUGUGCAUCCCUGCUCUAAAAUACAAACAGUGGAUUGUUAAUUUUAAUGAAGUAGGUCUUUCAGUAUUUAAUUUUCUAAAAAAAUAAUUAAAAUUUUGAUUUUUAAACAAUAAUAUAAGCUCUAUUUUAAGUAGUAUUUAGGAUGUGAUGUUUUUACAUGAUAUAGAAUGUGAUAAACGAUCAGAUAAAUUAUAAUUUUUUAUUAUAUUCUAAUAAACAAUGUAAAUAAUUGUAAGGUAAUGAAAUGCUGAUAAGGAACUGAUGUUAAAUAGACAAUAAACUUAUUACUAAAA